UUGGCCGAGCGUGAAGACUUUAGUGAGCAAAAUUCACCCUCUCUCCUGGCAUAGCCGGUACUGAUGGCUGGGAACAAAGGCAGGGGGCGUGCUGCCUAUACCUUCAAUAUCGAGGCUGUGGGGUUCAACAGAGGAGACAAGUUACCUGAUGUAGUGUUGAAACCACCCCCGGUGUUUCUGGAUACAGAUUAUAAACCAGUGCCGCUGAAAACAUUGGAAGAUGAAGAGUAUAUGCUGGCUUUGAAACAGGAACUGAGAGAAACCAUGAAACGAAUGCCUUACUUUAUUGAGCCACCUGAGGACAAGCAAGAUAUUGAAAGGUAUAGCAAAAGAUGUAUGAAGGUAUACAAAGAAGAGUGGAUACCAGAUUGGAGAAGGCUUCCAAGAGAGAUGAUGCCAAGAAAAAAAUGUAAAAAAGCUGGACCAAAAUCCAGGAAGGCCGAUGACAGUAGGCAGGCCUCGGCACUGCCUAGCACCGUGGACGUGUUGAAGAAGAUCGAGGAAUUAGAAAAGAGAGGUGAUGGUGAGAAGUCAGACGAGGAAAACUAAGAGAAAGAAGGCAGCAAAGAGAAGAACCAAAAAGGUGACAACGACGAUGACGAUGAUGAAGCCGCAGAGGAGGAGGAGUAUGACGAGGAAGAGCAGGAGAAGGAAAAUGACUACAUUAAUUCCUACUUUGACAAUGGCGACGACUUUGGUGCCGACAGUGACGACAACAUGGACGAAGCAACCUACUAGCCGUGAGGUUUCUCAGAAAGUAUUUUUAUAGUGCAACUUCCAGGCAUUUGGACAGACUCAUUUUCUGUUUUAUUUCUGAGAAGCAAUGGGCGCCUGUUUUAUUUUCGUUACCCUUUUGUGGGCAGAUACAGAGACUCGGUACCAACAUUCUCAGAACCCUGUUUCUGCAGUAGUCGCCUUGUACAAAACCUAUCCCUGACACUCCAACAUUCCCGCUAGACACCUGCUCCUAGUUCUCUCGCGGAUGCAUUUGUGUUGUUAGAGUUGGAUCUGCCUUUGGAGUUUUUACAUCUCUUCAUCUGUGUAUCCGUACUUGAACAAACCAUUCUUGUGUUAACUGCUGAUCUUUUGUACAGAUAUUGUCAGUGGAUUUUUAUAAUCAACAAAUCAGUUUUAAACAGCACAUGUAGCACUUAAAAAAAAAAGCGAUGAAACUUGAAACUAACUGCUUUCUACUUUGACAUGGUAUGUUCUGUACCACUACAUCAUGACCUUAACCUACCUGAGCUGUGAACAUGUACGAACUUAGAGAGAUAAGAAGAUCUGUAAUGAAAACAUCCCACAGAGACAGGCCAAGUUGAGCUAUGCAUCUCUGGGUAAAAUCUCAUAGCUCACAUCUCAUAAGAGACUUCUGGGAUGAAUGCACUGUUUGUAUUUAAUGCUAACUAUGCCACGUAAGGGAACUUCACAGAGUUCACGGAAACUAGAACUGUAAGUUUAUUUUGGUGCAAAAUGCUUUUUAAGUUGUAUAUAUGUGAAAUCAAUCCCUGUAAUCAGUCUUAACAUCUUAAAAUGGCUGGGAUCAUAAAAAAUGAGACUGCCACCCUGCGUAGCUUGGCACUUCACCUGGGUAUGGAGUAGUUUCUGCACCGUCAGUCGCGUUGUAGAAUGCGUGUGUGUGAUUUCUAUGAUUUUGUGUGCCACAGGUCUGAGCUAUACAAUCCAUUCCUAUCACAGCACAGAAUGAACUCAGGUCAGUUUCAAACGAACUGAACUUCAAAGCUAGCUCCCCAAUGUUUUAUAUUUUGAGGGGGGAAGUACCCCAAAACUGCAGCCUCCAAAAAUUCCAAGAUGCCAAAGAUUUUUCAAGGCAACUCAUAUCUCUAAGAUGAUUUGUUAUAUUACUCAUCAGGUGAAGUCAAACUUUGUUACCCCCUUUGAGGAGAUACCACCUGUUGCCCCCUGAGACAGUGCCACCCUGUGCUAUUAAACUCAGUCCUGAAACCGAGCUGGGCAAAGUUCUGUGCCUUAGUUUUUCUGCUUACAAAUGACUUCAACACCAACUGAGCUGUGCUACAUGUAGAACAGCUCACUUCUGAAAUUUGGUUGCUACCCUCCAAAAAUGUUACAGCCUAGAAAGUAACCAAAAUCACAUCCGUGAAACUUGUUGCCUUGACAAAAACGUAUUAACAAUUCUUUUUCCCAUCUUGUAUUGGUGGGGAAAAUGGGAGCAGGUUUCUGUCACCUUGUGCCAUUCUGUAAUGUGACUUUCUCAGGACAAAAGCCAAUUUCAGCAGCAACACUUCCUUGAAUAAUUAAUAUGGGGUGUGAGGCCCCACGUCACUAGGUUAGUGAACCCCUUUUUGCGUAAGGA